UGCAAUCAAGUGCAAACGAGUCGGUUUGCUGGUGGAUGUCACCGCGCCCAGAGAGGUUUGGCAGAUGCAGAAGCUCCACUUCACUGUGGACUUCACGGUCUUAGGACUGUCGCUAUAGUCAAUAUCUGUCUUCAUCCGAUGCAUUGUCAGCUGGAAUCCUGGUGGCCCACCGUGGCGUUGGAAAGCGCUGAAGCUUGAGAUGGUGACAGCUUCGACGUGUGCUGGCCGCCUGUGGCUGAUGGAGUGCUGUCCGUCGAGCAGCAAAGGACGGCUCCGCGGUUGACGAAGAAGAGGAGAUGCCACACUCCAUGAUGCCAUACAACGAUGCGCUGGCUGCCGUUUGCCGUUUAUAUGAGGCGUGCUUGUUGGUGAGGUAUAACAGCCCUGCAAACAGACGUUGGCAAGAUGCUGGAGAAAGCGGCCACAUCUCGCAGACGUCGUUAAUCCGGACGAUGGCGAUUCGACAGCUCUUGUCGUCCGUGCCAGCUGUCAAGAUGCGAACUAUAAUCGGCAUGGAGACGAUGCAGGAGACAGGUGUAGUUAGCGGAGGAUUUGGACAACGCAUCGCUCGCCUCUGCAGGUUGACGCAGAGCUGCACCUGCAUACCCACAGGACCGGGAUCAUAUUGCGGGUUAAUUCUAGCAGCGACAUCCACUGCGUCCGCCUCGCCAUUUCUCGCUUUCCUACGGUCGUUGUCGUGGUUGUUGUUGCAGACACUGCUACCGUUCGCUCCUGCCCUCUCGAACUCAGGCGGAAAGCACCCCGCACCCAUCCUCGCGCAAAUCUGGAGUGUGUGCGGCCCAUUUCGUCUCGGUCCGUCCAAGAGAACCGCAUUGACCUCCGGCUACACCGCCUGAGAGAGUUGUCGCAGCUUUAAACAACGUCGCGUCACCUCGCGCGAGGAGGAAUUGGAGCUGGAGAAGUCGUGAUGCGCUGUCCGCCGCCUCCAUCUGACUUUCCAGCCACCGUGUAUCUCACUCUCCUUGCCUGAUGACAACUAGCCCGUCGCAACAAAGUUCCCGCGCCGCCUCAUCCAAUCGACGCUGUAAUUGGCCCAUCUCUCAUCCCAGUCAUCGAAUGAAAGUAGGGCUGUGGUCCUAAGCAACGACACCGUCUCGACUUGUCCAUUUAGAGACAUAUACCCAACAUACUCUGGCAUUUAUUC